CGAAGGGGAAGAUGAAUUUAUUUGUGACGUUGCAAGUGGCUGUGAAGAAGACAUACAAACCAGAUAAUUCUAAAGGAUUUUGCUUCUCGUCUCUAAUAUGGCAAAACUAACUAUGGAAAACGAUAAAUUCAAUUGAAUGGGAUUAUCUGUGGCUGUAUAGUAUAAUUUUUGACAUGCCUCUAUUCUUCCACAGCAUGUGGAAUCACGAUACGAUCGCCCUGGUUCAACAACAAUUUCAGUGCCAUCAGCUGUUGCCGGGAGAGCCGCCUCCAGUGAAAACGAAGCAAGCGAUGAACUCAAAGAGAAUGAUUCCUCAUGCCCUGCUGUGAUUGGUUCCCGUGGCAGCCAUUUUUCCACCCGAGACUGCUACACGCCUUACUUAUGGCCCGGGUCCAAGAAGAACCGAGCAUCGAGCUGACAAAUUGCCGACACGGUCGAGUGCGGCAUCGGCAUCGGAACGGCACUUCGGGCACGGUUACGGCAACGACAUUCAGUUUCAAUACGGCUGCAAGGGGUGCGGAUGCGUGCCGCCACAUACUCAUCCUCAUCUAUUCGAGCUAUUCGGCUAUUCGAGUCCUACCCACACCAUCCAAUCGCGCGCUCAAUAUCGCAGUCGCAAUCGCAAUCCAUUCAAGUGUCGCAAGUUCAAGUGCAAUUUGGCAAAUUGUUGUAUUUAUUCUAAAUUGA